AUGACGAUUUCUUCCUGUCUCGCAAAUGUUGAGAGGGUGAUUGUAGGAGAAGAUGCAAGCCUGCAAAAAAAUGAGCGGAAGGCUAGAAUAAGGAAGCAGCUCCUAGAACCCAAACCGUCGCCAUCUUCAUAUGACACCGCGUGGGUGUCUAUGGUGCCCUUGCCAGGGUUUUCUCAGACUCCAUGCUUCCCACAGUGUGUUGAAUGGAUACUACAAAACCAGAACAGUGAUGGAUCCUGGGGUCUCAGCCAAAUGGACUCCAUGGUGAACAAAGAUCUCCUCUCGUCCACGUUGGCCUGUGUGCUUGCACUAAAGAGAUGGAAUGUUGGAAGAGAGCAUAUCAGCAAAGGACUAUGUUUUAUUAGAAGAAAUUUCUCAAUUGUCAUGGAUGAGCAGACUGUGGCUCCUAUAGGCUUCAACAUUACUUUUCCUGGUAUGCUUAGCCUUGCCAUCGGGAUGGGUUUGGAGUUUUCUGUUAGACAAGCUGAUGUUGAUGCGAUCCUUCAUCUCCAGGAGAUGGAACUCAAAAGAGUUGCGAGGACUAACUCUCAUGGGAAAGAAGCAUAUAUGGCUUAUGUUGCUGAAGGGCUAGGAAACCUGCAGAACUGGAAUGAAGUUAUGAAGUUCCAGAGGAAGAAUGGAUCGCUGUUCAACUCUCCUUCCACAACUGCUGCUGCAUUAAUCUACAUCUAUGAUGACAAAGCCCUCCAGUACCUAAAUUUGCUCGUCAAUAAAUUUGGUGGUUCAGUACCAACAAUGUACCCAGCAAAUGCAUAUUGUCAGCUUUCAAUGGUGGAUUCUCUCGAAAAGAUUGGAAUAGCUCGGCAUUUUUCUAGAGAGAUAAAGAGCAUCCUGGAGAUAACAUACAGUGCCUGGUUACAAAGAGAUGAGGAAAUCAUGCUGGACGUUGCAACAUGCGCAAUGGCAUUUCGUCUUCUACGGAUGAAUGGAUAUGAUGUUUCCUUGGAUGAGCUCUGUCAUGUUGAUGAAGCCUCCAGUUUCCAUGAUUCACUUCAAGGAUACCUAGAUGAUACAAAAUCUAUAUUGGAGUUGUACAAGGCUUCAAAAGUCACUGUAUCAGAAAAUGAAUUUAUCCUAGAUAACAUUGGCAACUGGUCAGGCAGCUUAUUAACGGAAAAGUUGUCCUCUGACAGGGUGCCCAAGAGUAGCCCAAUCUUGGGAGAGGUGGAGCAUGCUCUUAAAUUUCCCUUUUAUGCCAUACCGGAACGUCUAGAUCACAAGAGGAACAUUGAACACUUUGAUGCUAGGGGUUCUCAGAUGUUAAAGACAGAACACUUGCCGUGUUGUGUCAACCAAGAUUUACUGGCUUUGGCUGUUGAAGAUUUCACAUUUUCUCAAUUUAUUUACCAGGACGAACUCAUGCAUCUUGAAAGUUGGGUGAAAGAGAACAGGCUGGACCAGCUACAGUUUGCACGGCAGAAGUUGACGUACUGCUAUCUCUCUGCUGCUGCUACUGUAUUCCCUCCUGAACUGUCUGGUGCUCGCCUAUCAUGGGCCAAAAAUUCUGUACUCGUAACUGUUGCUGAUGAUUUCUUCGACGUUGGAGGGUCAAAAGAAGAACUAGAGAACCUUGUAGCACUUGUUGAGAAGUGGGAUGAACACUUCGAAGAUGACUUCCACUCUGAGCAAGUAAAAAUAAUAUUUUAUGCUAUCUAUACUACAGUGAACCAGCUUGGAGCAAUGGCUACUGCAGUACAAAACCGUGACGUUAAAAACCACAUGAUAGAAUUAUGGCUACAGCUAUUGAGGUCUAUGAAGACCGAGGCAGAAUGGCGGAUGAGACGAUAUGUGCCAACGAUAGAAGAAUACACGGCAAAUGCAUUUGUGUCAUUCACACUGGGGCCAGUUGUGCUCAUAGCGUUCUAUCUUGUUGGGCCAAAGCUCUCGGGAUGCGCUGUUGAAGAUCAAGAUUACAAUGAGUUAUACAGGCUAACGAGCACCUGUGGUCGUCUCCUCAAUGACAUCCAAGGUUUUGAGAGGGAGAGCAGCGAGGGGAAACUGGAUAGUGUUUCACUACAUCUUGUCCACAGUGAUGGUUCUAUGUCCAUUGAAGCGGCUAAAGAGUCGAUAAGGAAGUCCAUAGCAUCUUGUAGGAAAAACCUGCUAAGGUUAGUCCUUAAGGAAGACAACGUUGUUCCUAGGCCAUGCAGGGAGCUGUUAUGGAAGAUGAGCCAGAUAUGCCACUUUUUCUACUCUCACACUGAUGCAUUUACCUCACCGAUCGAGAUGGUCAGCUCAGUGAACGCAGUUAUCCAUGAGCCACUCAGACUACAGAUAAACUAUCCGUCUUUGCCUGCACAAUCAGAAAAAUAAGCAUCGCAUGUAGCACCUCUGCUCCUAAAUAUAAGAUGUUCUAAUUUUGUCCUAAGUCAAACAUUUUAAAGUUUGACCAAAUUUUAUAAAAAAUAUACUAAUAUGUAUUAUAUCAAAUAAGUGUACGAACGGAGGGAGUAUUUACAACGUUCAUAAGGGUUAGCGGAACGGCUAUUCU